AUGGUCACCGCUGCAGCCCAGGGUGACACACGCCAGCUCAGGCCUCCAUGUUUCCACGUCUGCGGCUGUGGCUGCGACGUGGGCCGAGGCGCACUGGCAGGUCGCGCAUGCGGGUUGGGGGAAGAUUCCCGGUUCUUGGCAGGGAGAAUCAGGAGUACAGAGUUUCAUCAACUUCUAGAGCUACAUGAUUUAGGGCCAGUCCCUCAGGUGAAGGUUGUAAAAGUUGGGGUGCUUGAUGUCUGCAGAAACUACUUCCAAGGAGUGUCUGAAGAUCUGGAGUUAAUGCUGGAGCAAGCCACAGAAGUUUUUAUCUGCAGGCUGGAGGUGGAAUUUAUGUUUUCCUAUGGAAACUUUGGUUAUGGAUUUUCACAUCAGUUAAAACCUCUUCAGAAAAUUAUUGAGCCAUCCAUGUUUAUGAACAUUGCACCACCUCCAGAAAGAACAGACCCUGAGACAAAUGUUAUUAUACCACAGCCAGUAGAAUAUCCAGCAUUCUUAUCCCCAGACCUGAAAGUUACUGUGGGGAUUCCAAGUUCUGUGCACCACUCCAACCAGCUAUCUGUAGUGCGACUUGAAAAACUUCAACAACAACCCCGGGAAAGGCUGGAAAAAAUGAAAAAAGAAUAUAGAAAUCUGAGUACAUGGAUAGAAAAAGCUGGCUAUUUAGAAAAUAUUCUUAACCCAAAAUUGGAACAUAAAGAUUCUAAGAAAAGUAAUACAAAUGAGGAACCUGAAAGUGUGGAUAAUAAUCAAUCUGGAGAGAAGCCUGAAAAUAUUGUAACGUUACAUGUCCCUCUUGUAAACAAGGAAGCUGAAACUACUCCAAGUGAGCUACUGAAUACUUAUAAUAAGAAAAGCCUGACUAUACCAACUGUGAACCAAUCGGACCAAGAUGAUUCAACUGCUGUUGCUCCUAAAAGGGUUGACUCAACACUUCUAACCGUAGAUCCUCCACUGCACAUUAUUCCUAGCCUGGAAAUAACAGAAGAGGACAAAACACCACCGUUAGAGGAAUACCAAUCAGGAGCUGUGCCAGAUGAAAAAAUGAAAUAUGCAUUAUUUCCACCAGAAGUGAAAUUGAGAGAUAAAUAUUCAGGGAUUUUAAGAACAAACUCAUCUGCAUCAGAGGUAAAGUUGAGAAUUAUCUGUAUAAAUCCAGAGAGAGUCAGGAGGAGGAACUUAGAUUAAUCUCCAACAGAAAUUCGGUGGCAAAUAAACUAUCUAAACUUAGCUGAAAGGAAGAGCACAAGCUUAGUUUCCCCAGAUUCAAAAUUUAAUAGUAGCUUUCAAAGCAGAGAUCCAAAAGAAGACAUUGAACUAAAAGUGUCUGCUCUUGUAUUAGAAGUAUAUGACUAGGAAAAACAAAAUGAUUUAUUAAAAAAAAUUAAAUACAAAUAAGUUGAAAAUGCACUCAAAUGUUUCCAGAAGGAAAUGUGUCUAAGUAUAUUAAAUAUUUCUACUCUACUUAUACUGAUCAAGUAAUGAGGGAAAAAAUCUGUGAAGAAAAAGCAAAGUUAUUUGAGAUACCAGUAAUAGAAGUUAAUCUCAUAGGUUGGUGUAAAAUUCAACUGAAAGUGUAACAACAAUAACAAAAUGUAAAUUCAAA